AUGGCGUGCGGUCUCCAGCCGCCGCUCCCCGCCGCCUUCUCCCCGCCGCCUCGCGCCCUCCCCGCCCGCUCGUCCUUCCUCCUCGCGGCCGGAACCCUGCCGCUAGUCCCUCGCGGGCCUACGGUUUCGCGCCACCGCCUGUCCCCUCCCCCGCCGCGCGCGCUCCCGGACACUGCCGCGGCGGCCGCGGGCCUCCGGGACGUGCUCGCCGACGCCUUCCUGGCGUAUCCACCGACGUGGGCUUCGGCCGCCGCGACCAACCUCGCCAUCUUCGUCGCGGGCUCGCCGCUGCUCCUCUCGGGCCUCUCCGCCUCCGGCAUCGCGGCCGCCUACGUUCUCGGCACCCUCACCUGGCGCGCGUUCGGAUCCCGGGGUUACCUCCUCGUCGCCGCCUACUUCGUGGUGGGCACAGCAGUAACGAAGUUGAAGAUAAAACAGAAAGAAGCUUUGGGGGUUGCUGAGAAAAGAGGAGGAAGGAGAGGGCCUGGAAGUGUCAUUGGUUCUAGUGCUGCUGGUUGUGUCUGCGCUCUUCUAUCGAUAUAUAAUGUAGGCGGUGGAGCAUUCGCUGAACUCUGGAGACUAGGAUAUGUUGCUAGUUUCUGUACUAAACUCGGUGAUACAGUUUCCAGUGAAAUAGGGAAGGCCUAUGGAAGAACAACGUACCUGGUGACAACGUUUAAGAUUGUUCCAAGAGGUACAGAAGGUGCAGUCAGCAUUGAGGGUACUCUUGCUGGAAUUGUAGCAGCAAUGUUUCUGGCAGGUGUUGGUUACAGUCUGGGACAGGUGAAUGUACCUCAAGUUGUGAUAUGUGUUCUUGCAUCCCAGAUUGCAAAUUUUGGUGAGAGUUUGAUUGGAGCGACAUUACAAGAUAAGGAAGGUUUUGAAUGGAUGAAUAACGAUGUUGUCAACGUGCUCAACAUCUCUGCUGGUGCCAUUCUGGCUGUUCUAAUGCAGUGGUUGCUUGGGCGCCCCUGAUCAAUUUUUUUUUCUUGACUUCUCUGCAGUGCACCCGAUCACAUAAUUUUGUAUAGUGAUAUAGAUGGGUGCUACGGAAAUUGUUUAUCAUGUUUAUUAGGGACGUCUGAACUAGAAUUAUAGAUUCCGACCUGCGGGAGUUAAGCUGAGUGGAUGUGCAUCUGUGCUCGUAAGUUCUUUUGGUUGUUACGUUACGUGUUCCUCCUUUCUAAUGCAUAUCACCACCACUCA